AUAUAUCAGAUACGCACACUAUAUGACAAUGCCAAUACAUCGCAAUGACAAUUGUAGCAGAUUACGAACCUGGAACCAUCGAUCAAUACAUUGCGAAGUGGAAGCAAAAGGGUUAUGAUAUCGAUGACAUUUCCAUAGCCCCGGGGACUGAGGGCUGUCCUUUUCGGCUAGAUAUAUACGCCUACAAGGAAGGCAGUCGUGACUACAAUUAUGUUAUGUCACUGCAAGAAGGCAUAGUUGACAUAAUGAAUGCUGAGGUUGUAUGCAUACAUAUUUGUAAUCUAUACUCAUUUCCACAAAUAUUUAUGUUUUUUCUAAUGCUUAUCAAAAUUCAGAUACAUAAGGAGAAGUACGAGGUGAAGGAACUUGUGACGAGGGUGCAUUCUUGGGACGACCUGCCCUUGGACGAGGAAAUUCAGGUUUUGAAAUUUAAUGUGAGUGAAGUUCAUACGAAUGAGGUGAAGACCGUUGAGGCGGCAUUAUAUGAUGACGGUUAUUCUCGCUAUUUUGAUCUUAAAGAGUGGAGGUUUAAAGUCGGGUCCCCUGAAACUCCUCCUGAAAUUCCUUACCCUAGAAGUCCUUCCCCUGAACCUCCCCGUCAGGAAGGACCCUCUAUUCCAAUGCACUACCAUCUCUUUAAAAGAGAUCCUCAUGAAUUCUACCCUACAUGUUCAAUGGUAUAAAAAAGGAUGAUGAGAUUUUCGACGAUUAUGGUAUUGUUUUCUAUUUCGGGUGAUUUGCAGAAUAUCCUGAAGGUGAUGAAGAUUUCGAUGAUAAAAUAUGUAUCCCAGACUUAUCAGGAUCAGGAUUAGACAUAUAAGGAUUCUGAUUACUACUGCAACUUCUCACUUGUUUUAAAAGUUAGUAUCCAUGUUUUAAGUAAAUACUAUGAGCUUUUGCACCAUUAAUCGUUGUUGUAUGAAGACAUAUCUACUAUUUGUAGUUAUCUGUUGGCUUCUUGAUUUUGCUAUGCUAAUCUUGUGAUUUCGUUUCUUUUAUAAA